GAUUUAAAUUAUACACACACAGCAGCUUUUGCAAGAAACAGAGCAAUGUAGUCCAAACUAGAAUAUCUUUCUAAAACUGGCUUAUUUUUGCCCACAUGACACUCUUCCUUUUAGAGGGCUAUUUUUGACCAAAAAGCCUGUAAGCAACAUAAAGUUUCAUAUAAUUGUAUUCAGUGAGUAAGCAAAAAAGAAUGUCUGACUUAAACAGCAGCUGAGCGUACUUCAGGAAUACACAUCAGCAAAGCAGAACAGAUUUUUUUUUAACUAUGUGCCAUCUGGAAAGCAGACCUUAAUGUGCACACAGCAGUAGAUAGGCUGACUCUUGAAAACCAACAGAGCAGAGCUAUGGCACUUUCUAAUUCUGUUACAAAUGCACAUUGUUUAAAAAUUCUGUUUUUAGAGAAUGGGUUGUUAAGGGAAAUCAGGAACAAAGCCAGCAGUUGGCUUUGAAACUGAAAACUCUCAGAAGACGAUCUGGAGACUGGAAUUGAACAGGGUAAUUCUGCAUUGGUAAUUUGUUAAGGAGAAACUUUGGAGGAGGUAAAGCAUGGCAGGGGCAAAAAGCAAAAAGAAAAGUGCAGUGUGGAGGAAGAUCCAUGCUCUUCGCUGUGAAGAUAUCAAAUUGUGGUGUUUAAGAAGGCUGCCUAUUUUGAAGUGGGCACCUAGCUACAAUUUGAAGGAAAACUUGAUUCCUGAUACAAUCUCUGGUAUGAUGCUGGCAAUUCAACAGGUGCCUCAAGGGCUGGCCUUUGCUGUUUUGUCUUCAGUCCAUCCAGUGUUUGGCUUAUAUGGCUCUCUUUUUCCUGUCAUCAUUUAUGCUGUGUUUGGAAUGGGACGCCAUGUUGCAACUGGAACUUUUGCUUUAACUUCCUUGAUAUCUGCCAAUGCUGUUGAGCGUCUUGUUCCUCCAUUAAGCAACAAUUUUACUACAAGCAAUAAUUCAGGAGUCUUGGGUUUAUCAGAAUUUGAAAUGCAGAGGAUUGGAGUUGCUGCAGCAGUUUCAUUUUUAGGAGGAAUUAUUCAAGUAGCAAUGUUUGCGCUGCACUUGGGCAGCGCCACGUUCUUGUUGACGGAACCAGUGAUAAGCGCGAUGACAACAGGAGCAGCUACGCAUGUUGUGACUUCACAAGUCAAGUAUCUGCUGGGAAUGAAAAUGCCAUAUAUAUCGGGGCCACUGGGAUUCUUUUAUAUUUAUGCUUACAUAUUUGAAAACAUCAACUCGGUUCAAUUAGAAGCUUUACUUCUGUCUUUGCUAAGCCUGGUGGUGCUCAUUCUUGUUAAAGAACUGAAUGAAAAAUUUAAAAGAAAAAUUAAAGUAGUUCUUCCUAUUGAUUUAAUUCUGAUCAUUGCAACAUCUGUUGGCUGCUACUGUGCUGAUAUGGAGAACACCUAUGGCCUAGAAGUUGUGGGGCAUAUUCCAGAAGGGAUACCGGCACCGAAAGCCCCACCCAUGAACAUCCUCUCUGAAGUAGUUACUGAAGCUUUUGGAGUAGCAUUAGUUGGUUAUGUAGCAUCACUAGCCCUGGCUCAAGGCUCUGCUAAACAGUUCAGAUACUCUGUGGAUGAUAACCAGGAGCUUUUGGCUCAUGGCCUCAGCAAUGUGAUUCCUUCAUUUUUCUUUUGCAUACCAAGCGCUGCAGCAAUGGGACGUACAGCACUUUUAUAUAGCACUGGAGCAAAAACACAGGUGGCUUGCCUUAUAUCUUGUAUUUUGAUACUUGUGGUAAUCUAUGCAAUAGGACCUGUGCUAUACUGGCUGCCCAUGUGUGUUCUAGCAAGUAUCAUUGUUGUGGGUCUAAAGGGAAUGCUAAUGCAGUUCCGUGAUUUAAAAAAAUAUUGGAAUGUGGAUAAAAUAGAUUGGAGCAUAUGGGUUAGUACCUAUGUAUUUACAGUAUGCUUUGCUGCUAACGUGGGACUAUUAUAUGGAGUUGUCUGCACUAUAGUUAUAGUGAUUUUUCGCUUCCAAAGAGCAAGGACAGUGAGUAUGAAAAGUAUCAAAGAAGUGGAAUGUAAAUUCAAAACAGAAGGUGAUUGUGAAUCUUUACAACAGGUAAAGAUAGUUUCAGUGAAUAACCCAUUAGUAUUUCUGAAUGCCAAGAAGUUCCAUCACGAUCUAUUAAGGAUAAUCCAGGAUAGCGCAAGCAUCCAGCCAUGUGAUGAUAUAAACAAGUGUGAGCAGAACACGUUGCUCAAUCCACUAUCCAAUGGAAAUUGUCAUGGUGAGCUGUCGUUACAGCCAUGCACCAAUGAGAGAUGUGCUUUAAUAUUAGACUGCAGUGGUCUGACUUUCUUUGACUAUACCGGAGUAUCUGUGCUUCUUCAGAUAUAUAUGGAUUUUAAGAACAGAAGUAUCAACGUGUUGCUAGCACAUUGUAAAGCUUCCUUGGUGAAAGCAUUGCAGUACAGUGGGAAUCUAGGAUCAGAAAAUCCUAUCUUCUUUGACUCCAUUUCCUCUGCAAUUGGUGCCAUUGAUUUAAACAGGAAUUUCAGCAAACUCAGUGAUCACAGUGAAGUGUGAAGUUGACACGACAAAGGAUGGAUAUUUUGAUCUGCUAACACACAGACUGAACUAUUCCUUUUUAUUUUUCCUAACAUCUUUUCCCAUGAGAUCAUGUAGGUAGCAUUUUGUAUGCCAAAUAUGUUUAAUAGACUCAGUAAUGUCAAAGGGUUGCCAAAGAUUUCUCCUCAGCUACCACUUCUGAGAGAGUGUUUGUGCAAUGGAUUGUUCUCUUGUGAAUAUAUAUAUAAUAUUUUUGUACACAGUUAGUUACACAGUAUUAGAAAGCAGACAUGGGAAUAUCGACUUUUUAUUACAGUGAUUUAUAUUGUUUUAGCUCAUUCUAUAGUAACUUAAUUUGUAAUGCACAACUAUAGUUUUGUGCAUGGAAGAAUAAGAUGUUCUGAAAUCUUGCAAAUGAUCUACACAAGCGACUGUUUGCUGUAUACACAGCAUUCCGUAUACAAAACCAAAUUUUGUUUUAAAUAUCUGCUUUAAUCCUUUUCUUCUCAAAACCAACCACAUGCAUAGCAACAUCGUAUUGCUUAACCCUCUGCAUCUAACCCAGUCCUGGAUUUCUUGCCCACAUAACCCUUGUAUACUAUUUAAUGCCCAGUGGGAAGUAUACUGGCUUAAAGUGGAGCCAGUGACUAUUACAGCUAGCUAUUUUGUUAAAGCAAAGGAGUUCUUUAGCUCAAGUGAAAGAAGAGAUUUUUGCUUUUGUUUCUAAUGGUCCCAGGUUUGACUCUCGCUGAUGUGUGUGGAGUCUGCAUAUGUAUGUGACCUUGGCUCAAAACAUAAUCUUAGGCCCAAGAAUAUUACGAGCCUCAUUCUCAAUUUCUGUAAAUCCACUUAGCUCAACUGGCUGUAAUGGAAUGGCACAAAUUUACACCACAUGAAGAUCCGUCCAACACAUGAAUCAUGGGACAGAUUUUCAAAGUGGACCUAAACUGUGCAUGUGGGACAUAUAUUUUAGUGUGCAAAUGGACAAUGGAACAUGCAGGUGGGAUAAUGGUGUAGUCAGCUACCCAACUGUACAUGCCAAUGUGGAUCUUGUAGCUAGAAAAAGAUUAAUUAACAUUUGGUAGGCAGAAAUUUUAAAGUUUGUCCUUGUAAAUUCUGGGCCAGAUUUGCCAGAGUAAAUCAGUGUGCUCUGCAGUGGGGUGAAGCAGCCAGAGUGCACAGCUUAAUCGGCCCCUUUGUAGAAUUGAGCAAUUGCCCUAAUUUAUUAUUGAUUUUUUAAUUAAAAAUGAAGUGAUUACUAGAGUGCACUCAAGGCUAUGUGUUAUCUUCUCCUUGCUUUCUAGUGAUAAAUAUUAUCAUUAAAUUAACCCCUAGAAGUAUUCCAAAAUAAGGCAAGAUGACUCGUUGUAGCUAAUUUUGAGGCACUGUCAGUGCUUUAUUUACACUUUAUGUGGUCCAUUUGAAUCUGACUUGCCAUUUAAUCAGAACUACUGAAGUCUGUAGAUUAUCAGUUCCAAAUCACAGAGACAACACCUACUGUUUGCUUUUCAGGUGGUUCGUUUAAUUGUAAUGAACUAGAUCAGCAAU